AUGCACUUCACCAAGGCUCUCCUUUUCCUUUCGGCCCUCGCGCCUGUCGCAUUUGCUGCCCAGGCUGCCGAAGCAGAUUGUGUCACCAAGACUCUCACUCUGGUGCCCUCUGGCUACACGCCUCCCCCGUCGUCCACCCCGACCCCCACCUCGACCAUGACCCCUAUCAGUACCAGCACUCCCUUCAGUGCCACCCCAACCUUGAGCCGCGUCGCCAGCACCUCAACUCCCCUGGUCAAGGCUACUGAACCUGCCUCUGGAACCGAGGCCCCUGCCGCCACCUCCUCCGUCCCCGCCAGCGGUGCUGCCUCCCUCCACCUCCCGGGUGCCAUGGCUGCCGGCGCAGCUGCCAUUGCAGGUCUCUUCAUGAUCUAA